UAUAGAAGAGAAAAAUAAAAAACUAAAAAUAAAGACGUUAGCCACUACUGAUAUUAAUAUCGCCAACAAACAAGAAACACAAAAAUCAUACAAAAUCCAACAACGGUUUUCAUACAUCACCACCACCAUCACAGCCGCCACCUACACCGCCGGAAGCUGAAAUCAUCACCACCAGUCCACCAUCACCAUGGGUGCUACAGAACGUGAGCUAGAGAGAGAAAAUGAAAGAAAAGUGGAAGAAGAAGAAGAACAAGAAGAAGAAGAAGAAAGAGAAGGAGAAGAAGAAGAAGAAGAGGAAGGAGAUGAAAGGAAAGAAGGGAUAGAAGGAGAGAGAGACUUAGAAAAAGGAGAGAUGGGUUUUAAAGAAAAGGUGAUAGAGAGCAAUGUAAUUAAUGAUCAAGAUCAAGGAAAUUUUCAUAUGUCAAUGUUGCAAAGAUUAAACCCAUCAAACCCUUUAAGAAUUGUUAUUAAUAGUUCUUCUAGAGUUGCUACUCCUUCUCCUUCCCAAGCUCCUCUGCCUCGCUCUACACCAACCCCACAACCAUCAAUAACGACACUUAAUUCAAGAAAGUAUACAAACAGAAUAUCUCUGUUUCUGUUUGUCCUGCAUAUGGUUUUAGCUAUUGGACUAGUGUGUUUUCUUAUAUUCAAGGGAAUUCAAGGACUUAUAGAAGCAUCAGAUACUGUUAAAAGAAAGGAGAAAAGGAUAUUGAAGUAUUUCCUUCCUCAAGUUGAAGUUGCAUCGCUAUUAAGCAUUACUCUUGCUUUUGCAUGGCAAAAGGCCGUCAGGGUAUGGCCUCGAUUCAUGAUUCAUUUCAUAUUAUGGAGUUCUUUCUUCAUAUCACUUUCUGCCGGAAUUCUGCUAAUUUGCUUCCAAAGGGCUCCUACUGAUGGUGUUGGAGUUUGUCUUAUUGCCUUUGCAAUGGGAAAUGGUUUAUAUGCUUGUUGGGUUAGUCAAAGACUUAAAUUUUAUUCUAAAAUUUUGGUCAAGUCACUUGAACCUGUUCCAAAAUUUGGUGAUUUGAAUCAACCCACUUAUUGGAUGCUUAGUGUUGGGUUCUUGUGGAUGUCUUUGUGGAUUUUAGCUGUAAUUGGAGCCUUGAAUUUCUAUUUUCCUCCUUUGACUAUCAUUGCAUUAGUAUUAAGCUUGGCUUGGAUUACAGAGGUUAUGAGGAAUGUGGUUAAUUUGACAGUCAGUAGAGUAAUCUCUCUGUAUUAUCUUAGAGGAAUGCAAUCUAGUACUCAAUUUUGUUUUCAAAGAGCUACGACUAUAAAUCUUGGAAGUGCUUGUCUGGGGUCUCUAUUUGUGCCAGCAAUUGAAGCGCUGAGAAUUGUUGCCCGAGGUUUGAAUUUGCUCGAGGGAGAGGAUGAGUUCAUGUUUUCUUGUGCUCAUUGCUGUCUUGGAGUCAUGAACUCCAUUUUCAGAUUUGGCAAUGGCUGGGCCUAUGUACAGAUAGCCGCAUACGGAAAAAGCUUUGUGCAAGCAUCACAGGAUACUUGGGCACUCUUCGAGAGGCAAGAUAUGGAAAGGAUUGUAGAUUCUGAUAUUACAAGCUCAAUUUGCUUUCUUACAGGAGUAUGCAGUGGCUCCAUUUGUGUUAUUGUAGUUGCUGCUUGGACUCAUGAAUCAUAUCAACCUUUCACAGCCACAGUUUCCCUUCUGGCUUUUUUCAUUGGAUACCUAAUGGUUGAAUUGCCUAUGGCAUUGCCCCAUGAAUGUGUGAGCUGCUACUAUGUCUUGUUAUGCAGAAAAAAUGUUUGUUAUGCAGAAAAUCCUGACAACAGAUUAUUCGAUAAAACAAUCAAAGAACGCCAAGAAUUGAUAAAAUCUGGCCGCGAUGUGGUGGUUCCGACGCCUAGAGUACCCCGGCGGUUUGCAUCAUAGUUCAUAAGCCAAGGCAAGAUUUUUCCAUGAAAAUGUACAGAAGCAAAUUAAAAUUUGUGGUCACAGAUUGUCAAAAAUGUACUAUUACUAUAGUCCCUUUCCAUUCGGGGUCCAGUAAUUCAGAAUUCAAGCUAAUCAAGCUAGAGAUGAGACAAUUUAACAUUAUCAUAUUUGCAUAUUCAUUUUAGGAUAUUCCUUAUUCCUUGAUUAAAGAGUUCCUCCAUUAUUUUA